AUGUCCACCGUCACUCCGCCUGAUGUAUCCGCAUCUGUACCUCCUGUCGCAGCGCAUGCUCUCCCUUCCGAGCACAGUCUGCUGCUCACUAGCGAUCUCCGCGACUACGUGCAAUCGGCGCUCGCUCAGCAUUACUGGGAGAUCGCGGAUUUAUUGACGCGUCUCAACUACCCGACCCUAUCUUCCUUCGUGCAAGACCUUCGCCUCCUCUCCUCCCAGCUGAAAUCAGAAACAUUGCGACAGACUCUCAUAAUCAGUCGGAUGACUGAGCCGACGGCUACGACAUACCAUAAAAUCAUGAAUCUGCUGCAGUACCUCCGUACAGACCCGGGGAAGAACCUGACACAUGGAGGGCAUGAGUUAGAGAAGACGCUCGAAUGGUUGCGGCACGUUGGCCGUGUGGUACUCGCGGAGCUGGUUGGUUCUCGCCCCGCCGUUCAGCAUCCCACGCCGACCGCUACGCGCGAUUCUUGGCCUACACCGCGCUUCCUUGAUCCAUCCCUGCCACCAGCACCCGUGCCGCGUCUGCGUUCGCGUCCUGUUACAACGGUCCACACCACUCUCCCCAGUCAUAUCUCCGGCGCCGUUGCUCUUCCUGCGCGGGAAGAAGACCCGACAACGUCUGAAACGGAGUAUUCCGACGCAAUGUUUCUCAAAGCGCUUCUUGAAUGCUCAGGCGUCACAUCCCCCAAGCCCGGAUGGCUUAGCAGUUUCGUUGAAAGUGCAGGCAGCGGCUCUGUGACGCUUGAACAUCCAGUAGACACGAGAAAUCCCAGACCGUCAUUCGCUACAAACCGCCGUCUAGCUUUGCCCGGCAAUAUGAGUACUCCCCUUCAGUCGCCGCCGCAUGUGUCGGCAUCAACGCGCGAAGAGACAUCAGGUCGAGUGCCGCCGUCUGAGGAUCCACUCGAUGCACCGCCGCCUGGACUACCAGUUACUAUGGCAGGCUGUCGUCCUGUCUUACUUGCUCAUACGGGUUCUCCCCUUCACACACAAUCAAGAGUGUCGCCGUCAACGCAUGCGCCAGUGCCUGCGCGUGUGCCGCCUUCCGAGGAUCCUGUGACGCCCCAAGAACAUCCGAUCGAUGCGCUAUCUGAAUCCCCUGCACCGCGAGCCACUACAGGCCAUCGCCCUGUCUUGUUUGACCGCUCGAGUUACCCCAUACAUCGGCCAUCUCUUGCGUUGCCAUCGACACAUGCACCGAUAUCAGAGCGUGCGCUGCCUUCCACCAAGCCGCGAGGGAAGAAGACGUCACUACCUCCGGGUGCCGAAACGUCCUCUGAUGAGGCGACUUCUGGAUCAGCCUACGACUUUUUGGUCUAUGCGUUCGGCGAACAUCCACUCAACUACGACUUCUACUCCAAUGCAUAUAGUGCUGUCACAUCGAACUACGUCGUGGAGAAUAACAUUGUCUCCAUCCUCACCUCAGAUGGUCUGCAUGCGCGUCGUCCGCAGCGCGAGUCAGGAUACGAACUUCUCGGUCUAGACGAUGCCGACAGCCUGACCUGGCGUAGUGAUAUAGGCAGGCUUAUUGGAGGGGCGUUCUUUGCGCGAGCUCAUUCAGGUGCGAAUGUUUCUCGUAUGCUUCUCGGCCCUGUAGCUGAUUACGCAAAGCAGGGGCCAACACCGGGAGUCGCAAACCCGAACCUCGAUGGACGCUGA